AUGGGGCGCGGCGCGCGCUGGCGCCUGGCGGCGGCGCUGGUGGCGGGCGCGCUGCUGGUGUGGCUGUGGCGCGGCGGCGCGCGGCCGGCGGGCGCGCAGCGGCGCCGCGAGCUGGACGCGCCCGUGGAGGGCCGCGAGCUGCCGCUGAUCUUCAUCGGAGGCGUGCCGCGCUCCGGCACCACGCUCAUGCGUGCCAUGCUAGACGCGCACCCAGACGUGCGCUGCGGCCAGGAGACGCGCGUGGUGCCGCGCCUGCUGCAGAUGCGCCAGCACUGGUUGCGCUCGCAGAAGGAGACGGUGCGACUGGAACAGGCGGGGGUGUCUAAGGCGGUGCUGGACAACGCCAUAGCCGCGUUCUGCUUAGAAGUGAUCGUGAGGCACGGCGACACUGCUCCACGGCUCUGCAAUAAGGACCCGCUCGUGCUCAAGAUGGGGACCUAUGUGCUGGAGUUGUUUCCAAAUGCUAAAUUCUUGUUCAUGGUGCGCGACGGCCGCGCGACUGUUCACUCUAUCAUCACGCGCAAGGUGACGAUAACCGGCUUCGACCUGACGAGCUACCGGCAGUGUCUGACCAAGUGGAACCACGCGGUGGAGCUGAUGUACCAGCAGUGCAAGAGUAUGGGCGCGGACAAGUGCCUGAUGGUGCGCUACGAGGCGCUGGUGCUGCGGCCGGCGGCCACCAUGCGGCGCGUGCUGGACUUCCUACAGCUGCCGUGGCACGACGCCGUGCUGCACCACGAGCAGUACAUUAACCAGCCCAACGGCGUCGCGCUCUCCAACGUGGAGCGGUCGUCGGACCAGGUGGUGCGGCCCGUGAACCUGGACGCGCUGGACAAGUGGGUGGGCCAGAUCCCGGCCGACGUGCGCGCCGACAUGGCGGAGCUGGCGCCCAUGCUGUCGGUGCUGGGCUACGACCCGUGGGCCAACCCGCCGCGCUACGAGGCCACGGCCGACGCCGCCGUCACCGAGCGCCGCCCGCCUUAG